GACGCAAGCGAGAUCGCGAGCGUGGUGACGUCGCGGAGCUCGGCGGACCAGGGCAGCGUGGCAGGCUCCGCGAGGUCGACGAGGAGACAGCGCAAGGUCCGACAAACGCCGAAGAUCCUGCUGCACACCGCAGAUGGCGAGGUCACGGUCACCGGAAAGGAGGCCAAUUUCGAGCAACGCAUGGAGGCGUGGAUGCAGAAGGUGGACACGAGGCUUGAGUUGAUGACGAACCUGCUUCACGCCUAUGUCGACACGAGCAGAGCAUCCACCAGCUCCGACCCGAAUCGCCUGGCAGGCGGCGUUGUCAACAGCCUGGCGAUGUUCAGAGCCAAUUUGAUCAAGAG